UUGUACACUGAGGGACACACAAUGCUCAGCUGGCCGGACUGUGGACAAGACCCAUAAACUUCGUGUCACUUUCAGCCUUUUGUUAUUAUGCUGACUCUUAAUUCUUGAAUAUACAUCAACCACCGCAACCAAACCAUGAGAGGCAUCCUCAAGAGAAAGUUUGCAGAGGUAGAUGACAAUCCCUGCUACUCCUCCUCCUCACUCUCUUCCCCUGCCUCCUCAGAGUGGGAGUCUGACGGGGAGAGCAGCUCCUCUGACAUCCAAGAUUUCACACCGCAAGGCCCUUCUCCACCCACCAGCUUACCCAUUCAGUCCAUCCUGAAGAGGCCCAGGCUGACGAAUAGGCAGAGUAAUGUGCGCUUUGACCUGGUGACGGUGUUCAGUUUCCCACGUUGCCAGGGCUUCACCAGUGUGCCCAGCCGUGGAGGUGCCACCCUGGGCAUGGUGCAGAGGCACAGCACCCUCCAAAGGUUCACGGUAGCGGAGCAUGCAGUGGAGCAACGGCACAGACGCAGAGAGAAGCUCCGAGACAGACUGAGAGAACAGAGGCUUGAAGCGUUGAAACACAAAUUGAUCACCAGUGGAGCCAUUGACCAGAGAGAAGCAGACAGGCUCACAGUGGAUCAAGUCCCACAUGAAGACAUUGACGUCCACAUCAGUGAUUCUGAGCUGGAGGAUGGGAGUUUCCUUCAGCCGUACUCCUCCAGACAGCGGCAGGCUCUCCUCCUGGCAGCGGGGGUGAAGCGCAUUGACAAGGAGGAGAAGAGGCAACUUCAUGCCUUGCGUGUCUCCAGGGAGGACUGUGGAUGUGACUGCCAGGGCUUUUGUGAGCCAGAGACCUGUGCAUGCAGUCUGGCAGGCAUCAAGUGCCAGGUGGACCGUUUCAACUUCCCAUGUGGCUGCACUAAGGACAGCUGUGGAAACGCUCAGGGACACAUCAAGUUUGACUCCAGACGUGCGCAGACCCAUUACAUCCACACUGUCAUGAGACUGGAAUUGGAGAGGCGCCUGCAAGAUGAAACACUGAGCCGAGAGGACCAGACUGGACUUCCAGAGGACCUUGUAGAGUAUGAGGACCAGGGUAAGACACACUCGGUGAACAGUGCACAGGACAAAACCUGCCCCUUUGGGUUUCCCCUGGAAGAAGAUGGUCUUCCUCUCACCAUGCCCGCCACUCCUUCCUUCCAUUUCGACGCAGAGCGGUCAGUGGUGGAGGAGAACAGCUGCAGCAGUGACAUGACUGAAUCCUCCUGCUCCUCCACUGAUUCUGAUGCAGGAGGAUGUCAUACUGAGAGUCAGAAUAUCCAGGAAGUUGAUGGAGGGUUGUCCCGUACCCUCAGCAUCUGUGACUCUGAAAAUAAUAACUACUCUAUGUGCAGCCAACUGAGACACAUAAGAGAACCACUGACGCAGAACAACAACAUUUCUGCCACUUACAGCACAACUACUGACAGUAUGGAACCACUCACAGCCAACACAUUCACAGACAAUAUAAGCAGGACCUCAGUGACAGCUUAUCUGGAUGAAAAUGCAAACCAAGCCAGAGAUUUAUUUGAUGAUGACUCUCUUGAGGACUAUCCCAACACUCCCUCCCCCACUGUGGACUAUUCCUCAAGCAGGUACAUGGACCUGAGUCUCUCCUCCGACUCCAACCUGGAGUUCUUCGACUGUGACUACCCCUCCGGACCACUGCACAGCUCCUUCAAAGGACACAGACACUCAGACAGCUUUCCCCAUCUCCAGCUGUUUAGCUCUGUUCAUUUACCACAGAACGAGUCGAGCACCUACCUCCUGGAGUCUCUGAUCGGCCUGACUGAACCGAGCCCAGAGCAGGUUUAAGAUAAUCAGCUCUUAUAGGUGAUUCAAAGAACUCUUGUGACAUGACAAGAAGCCAUGUGAGAGAAUUAUAAACAAAGUUAGCACUUCUUUUAUGUAUUUGUAAUAUUUCAAUGUACAAAGGAUGAUUUAUAAAAUAUUUUUUCCAAGCUGGAUAUUUUUUCUAUUGCCUAAAAAUAAUUUGCCUUUGUUUCAGAGAAACCACACUUAAGUAAUCUAAUAUAUGUCCUUAUUUUUUAUUUUUUGAACCUUUUAUAAUGAUCUUUGACAUGUUAUUUAAUUUCUUCUUAUAUAUCAUGGCCACAGAGAAUAUUGGAUUCUGAUUGGAUGGAGGGUAUGCAUUAUUUUCAAAGAACCACUUUGUUCUGAUGCAGCAGCCUUAUCACUGCUCAAAGUGAAAACUCGUAUAGCUGGAACUAAAUCUUCUUUUUGUUUUCUAGAGUAGAAGUUUAAAGUAAUGUUUAUCCCCAAAUUGAGACAGGUAGCAGCUCCACAGAGAUCUCAUGUAAAGGUCAUACUGCCUCAAAGUAAUAAAAAUACCUUUCAUUUUGCUGGAAGCUGGUCAUGGUAUAAGCAGGAUAAUCCACUUUGACAUAUGCAGUUAUGAAAAAUAACACUCCUCUAGUUUUAGUCUCUAAAUUGUAAUAUAUUUUCCAAUAACUGCCUGGCUCACUGUGAAUUAUCCCUUACAUGCUUAACAAUAUGUUUAGAAUAUCUCUGUAUUGGAGUAAUGAAAUAAAAGAUUUUUAUUUAUUAA